AAAAAAAAAAUAAAAUAACGAUUAACCCAAUUCAAAAGCCCAAUUCUAUCGUCUGUAAAUUUCUCUCUGGCUCCGUCGUUGAGAUUGACGAGCAAGAAUGGCAGCCAUGGAAGCCGCGCUCCUGAACCAACCUCCUCCGCAGCCGCAACAACCGCAACCCGCGGCGGUGGAGAAGCUAAACGACGCCGUAGUGUCGCAGCUGAACCUCAGGUCCGUCAAGGACCGAGCCACAAACCUGUUCAAGAACAUCACCCGCAUCCUCGAAGAUCUCGACGGCCACGCUCGCACCAACACCACUCCCAAAUGGCCUUACCUCCUCAGCCAGUACUCCAUGGUCAACCUCGAGCUCCUCAACAUCGUCGAGGAAAUCAAAAAGGUCUCCAAGGCCUUCGUCGUCUACCCCAAAAAUGUGAACGCCGAGAACGCCGUCGUUUUACCGGUGAUGCUCUCGUCCAAGCUCUUGCCGGAGAUGGAGGUCGAGGACGACGCCAAGAGAGAGCAGUUGCUUCUAGGGCUGCAGAGCCUCCCAGUCUCGACCCAAAUUGACAGGCUGAAAGCUAGGAUUGAUAUGAUCGCGGCUGCUUGUGAGAGUGCUGAGAAAGUGUUGGCUGACACUCGGAAAGCCUACUGCAUUGGAACUCGGCAAAACAUUCCUGUUGUUCCGACGCUAGAUAAAGCUCAGGCAGCGAAAAUUCAAGAGCAGGAGAAUCUACUCCGAGCUGCUGUUAAUUACGGGGAAGCUUUACGGUUACCGGCAGACCAAAGGCAGAAUCCACCUGCACUUCCGAUGCAUCUGGUAGAUGUGCUCAGUGGAGGAGAUGGUGUACAAGCAUUUCCUGAAGCAUCUGGUAUGUACUUGAAGAAUACUCCUGUAUCAUCAAGUAACUUGUCUGGCCAGAGCCCGUUGAUGCAGGUUCCUGGAUCACAACUUAUGGGAAGAUCAGCUGCAUCUCCUGGUGGCACAAGUAUUACAAACUUCGAUAACACAACAUCUCCAUUACCAUAUGCCAACUCUCCAAGGUCUAAUACAAACAUUAUGAAUACGCCAUCUCCUCAACAACAAAACCAGCAACAGAAGCAGCAACUACAGCAGCAGCAACAGCAGCAGCAGCAGCAGAAGUUGAUGCAAUUACCUCAGCAUCAACAGCAACUCCUGGCCCAGCAACAAUUUAGGCAAUCUACAAUGCAAGGACUUGGACAAAAUCCACUGCAGCAGCUGCAUGAUUUGCAGGGACAGACUCAUCAAAAGUUUCCAUCGUUACAAGGACAACAUCAAAUGCAAUUUUCUCCAUCAAUGGGACACCAACAAUUUCAGGGUAGGCAGUUGCCUUCUGGACAUGUUCCACAUGGCAUUGGUCAAAACCAACUUAAUCCAGGAAGUCAAAUGAAUCGCCAUCUUAGCCAGUUUUCUGGUGCUGCUAAUAGUGCAUUGUUUAAUGCUGCUCAGACAACACCAAAUCAAAUGAUACCAAACAUGUCAGCAACCAUGUCUUCACAAUCACUUCUGCCACGAAUGCAGUUUGAAUUGCCUGGCAACAAUCCCCAGAGAAAUCAUGCUUCCCAGAUUUUGACCGACCAAAUGUUUAAUAUGGGAGCCACAAAUACUGGUGGCAUGAUGCCCUUACAACAGCAGCAGCAACAGCAACAUGGUUCACAAGGUGCAUUUGGUAACAUGACGCAAAAUGCUCAGAAUCUCCAAUCUAAUAUGGUACAACUUCAGGGCACAACACAGAAUCAUCCCAAUUUUUCCCAACAGAGACAGCAAAACCAACAGCAGUAGAACCAAUUUAACUUGUUUGUGCCAUAUGUGGUCUUAAAAACAGUCCAAUCACUUGAUGUAUGUUCUGGGGUUAUAACGGCUAGACCCUGGCAGAGAUGCUUAUGAACAUUCGAGGUAAACAUAUGUACAUAAUUCUAACUUAGUUAGUGGGUAAAACUUCUGUUUGAUUUUAAGCCAAUCUCUUCAAAUAUCUAGUCAUUCGGCAGGAACUGUUUCCUCCGUGUCU